UUUGCGCUGUCAAAUCGAUAUGUGUAAUAUUAACCUAACUUCUAAUUUAUAAAUAUAAAUAAAUUAUUUACCAUACUUUGAGCAACUUUUUUCUAGAUUUGUACAUGAAACUAUCGAUUAGAUAAAUUCAACAAUGUCUCCAAAAUACAAGAAGUGUGGCAAAAACGUAGAAGACUCUCAGAAAAUGAAAGUGAAAGAAACAAUUAAUGCAAGUGUUUCUGUUGCACCCAAACUGGAAUUAGAACAUCAAUUUGAAAUGGAACUCUGUUGGUGCAUACAUCAAAUUCAAAUUGCCCUUAAAUCAGGAAAAUUGAACAACAAGCAGGAACAAGACCAUAUUAAAGCAUUAAAUACUCUAAUGAGUAAUUCUGCGCCAUUAGUUAAGAAACGACAAAUAAUGAGGUUAUCAUUUGGAGAUUAUAGGAUGAAGAUGGCAGCUGAAGAAAAGAAGUAUUCUAGAAACGCAGUGAAUAUAAGAGUUAAGCAAUCAGUGCCAAGCAAAAAAUCAGUGUUUGUGAAAAAGUCUAGCUUCCCUUCUUCAAGAAACAAGUUCGUAUUUAUUUCUGAUCCUUCUAACGAUAACGAGAGCGAGGAACUAAGUAAUGGCGUACAAAAUAUAAAAAUUGAGCCUAGUGGGGAUACCAAGCAAAAUAAGAAAGACUUUAAUUUUGUGCCUUCAGAUAAUAGUUUUAGAUUUAGUUUUGGUAUUAGUGAAGAGUCGUAAUACUUAUAUAUAACUAAUUGUUAUUAAGGUAGGUAAAUAAAGCAUUGC